AUGGAGACGUUACGGCUGAAACAGCGGAAACCGGUCGAGGAAGUUGUUGAAAACUGGGACGAUGACGACUUUUUAAUUGAUGGCGACGAUCUGGCUCUGCGAAAUCCUUCCACCGCGGUCAAUGCGCCCCCGCAUCGACGUGACAGCCUAUCGUCACAUGUCUCCAUGCGGUCUGAGAUGGAGUCGAUCCAAGGGGAAGACGAAAGGGUAGUUCACCUCCCCGGCGAAGAUGAGAACUCUACGUCGCAUGCUAUUGCAAUCGCCGCAAACGCUGGCAUCCCAAUACCGAGUAGUGUGCCCUCGACAGCUUUGGCAGGCACCAUCAAGAGACUCGGCGGCCGGAAAGUUAGGAAGAUAUUGCAGGAAGACUGGGGUGACGACCUCAUGUUGCCCGACGGAGCUGACGGCCUGCGCAUCAAGACGCAGGAUCCCACCAAAUUCCCCCAGGCCUUGAGACAGGUCAGCUCUUCAUACCUGAGCCCAUCCAAGCCGCUCAAUUCACCACCUGUGCUGGGACCAGAACAGCCCAUCAAGACCCCCGCACAGACCCUCGGCCCACCUAUCAACCUGGACAGAUUCAAAGACACAGAUGACGACGACGACUUGUUUGGUGACGGCAGUGAAACGAUCAAGGUGUCUAAGACGCGCCAAGUCAUUAAGCCGGCACUACCAGCAGUAAAGGCUAAAAUGCCCGAAUCUCGCGGCCAUGGGGACAACGACUACGAACAGGAUUUGGAGCUGCCCUCGGACGGAACAUUAAAACUCUCUUCCCGUCGCGACAUACCGAAAACCCCGGUCAGCGCCCAUGACGAUUUCGAUUGGGGAGAAGGAAGCCUUGGGACCCGCUUCGGCGGUACGAGAAGAGACGGCCGGUCCAACCGGAGCUCUUCUGCCUCAGCAUUCAGUCCGAGCAUCUCGAGCUCCAUCACGGCUGAGAGCGAGGACGAGGCACAGCUUGACGGAAUUGAGCUACCCCACGGCCCGCUGGACUUGAAGGAGAGGCUGAGGAGGAAGCGUCAGAACCGCUCACCGGAACGCACCAUCGAAGAGGAGCCCGCGCUACCGCCGAGGUCUGUGCCACAGCCCGAAGCUGAUACCAAAGAUUUCUUCCUCGAUCUGAACGUUGGCGAUGGUUCCGUCUUUGACUCGGGCAAGCUGAAGCUCCACACCAAUGUGAAGCUGAAGUCGACGCGGCCUACAAGCCCCGUGCGCCCCAAGACAGCCGUGUCUCUGACGUUCACCAACAAGCCCGUCCAGGCCACCUCACGUCUACCACGGCCGACUAGCAGCCACCACGAGAGGACGCACACCCAGUCCUCUCUAGAGCCCGUUUCGGAGAGUGGAGGCCCUAUUAUUUCUCGCCCGACGAGGAGGUCCCAAUCCCGGCUCGGUCACAUGUCCCAGUCUUCACAAUCCUCCACGGCGAGCGGCAGCACCCCUAUCACCCCUUCCGCUCCGGCCUUCUCCGGUCCUACGACGCCGCAGAAGAGACAGGUUGGCCAGAAGAGCUCGACGGUCUCGCUCCGGAACGAACCGACCACCACCAACGCUCAGCUGCUACGCCUGAAGCGAUCGCUGCCGGCCAUGAGGCCACCCGGGUCACCGGCAAGGCCAAUGACAGCGCGAGGCGCCGAACGCCCGCCAUCGAGAACAGAAGUGGCUUCUCGACCUACGUCAGGUAUCAGACCCAAGACCCCUGUCGAUCGAAACCGUCAUUCUUUCGGAGAGAAUUCAGCCGCACAGGCGAGGAAACCGUUUGUGCCUGCAGGCGGCUCAAGCUUGCAGUCUUACAACGUCAAUGCCAAGAGGCCGUUCCGCCGUCAUGAUUCAGACCUUUCGAAUGACACAAGACCCACUUCACGCGCGGUGUCGCGUUCGACUGUGAGAUCGCCCAGUCCAGUUAAGCGCGAUCGGAAACUCGAGAAACUCGCCCGUGCAGGAGCACGAUUGCCUCUGAGUCUCCCAAAGCGCCCCAGGCACUUCGGAGACGGUCACGAACUUGACGCCUUUGACGACUUGCCGACGUCUGCAAAGACGGAAUCUGAAUUCAUUAAGCAGCCAAAAUACCCCAGCCCACAGUACCCUACACAGUUCCGGAACAAGGUUAUGCAGCACUUGUUGCCGGGGAGGACGAAUUCCCCUGCACCGUCCUCGCCCCACUCACCUGCGAGGUCCGAGUACCUGCCCCGGUUUGCACGUGACACGGCGUCGAGUAGGAUCGCCAGAGAGGCAAAUCUUGCGCAUCGAGUUCCCUCUUCAGGUCCGCUCGCUCCUCUAACGACGCAACGCGUUGCACAGCUUUCUACGAGAAGCAACCUGCAUCAGCCACAACCCAGCGUCAAGCCAAAGAGGGCCGCUAAAAAGCAGCCCCAGCUUAAGCCACACCUAAUUGCCAAUCUCAAUUCCUCCAACGAGUCAAAAAUGGUCAAUGGCAUGUUUUACAACCCCGAGACUUUCCAAUGGGAGGGCAAUGACAACGCUCUGAGCUCUUUUGACGUGCCUGCAUCGUCGCCAUCCACCGUCUCGGUGCCACCAUUCACAGUUCGGGAGAAGGAGAAUGCCACGCCCAGACCUGCACUGAUCACUAAUAUUAGUACUACGAAGGGGGUGCAGGUCGUUGGAGGCAUGGUGUUCGACCCCCAGAACAUGUGCUGGCUCAAACUCGGUCCCCAAUCAGCCCAGUCGGAGAUCACUGAUCCACUUGAUGGGUUCAAUGCCAUUGAUGACGAGGAUGAUGUCUUCAAAGAUAUCCCUGAUCUGGACGACAAUACCGCCGAUACGACUGAGACUGGACGCGUGAGCGAAGUCAAGGAUGACUGGCUUGUCGGCGAAGAGUUUGAUGUUGGUCCCGAGUUCGUCAGAAGACAGCGUGAAGAAGAGGAAAGAUGGCGUAAGAAAUGCGAGAGGUGGCUGGGCCUAGGUAAUCGGGACCGCGAGGCCUGGCGAUGGACCAUCCGUGGUGUGAUCACUGAAGCCACGGAGCGGUAA